GUUUCUUCUUUUGUAGUUUUCUUUUUCUGCUAGAGUGCACUUGUUUUGAGCCUUUUUCAUUUCUCGGUCUAGAUCUCUGGAAAUUUAGGUUGUGGCGAUGAUACCUUUUUGUUCAAUUGUUUUCUUUUUUUGACAAUUAGAGAAUCCACUUGCAAAUUGAAUUCAUGCGGGUUAGCCGUCGUAGCUUAUAGAUUAUUUUUAGAAAAUACUUUAGCUUUAUAAUAUGUAUAGGCAUAUAAGUCUUGUAGUCAAACAAAAAGUAAAAAUUGAAGUAAUCGCUUGUCUAUAUUCUUAUUUUCUGUAUCGCUUGUCCAGAAAUUUGUUUUCUAGAUAUGAAGCUGGAUCUUGAACUACUUAGAAAUUUCCUUUGUGUUUUAGGUUUAGGAAAACUAAAUGUUAAAGCUGUUUGUGUUUUGAGUUUCACUAACUUUAUUAUUUCUACAUGAGAUGAUUUUGAUGCUUUUUUUGUCUUUUGUGGUUACAAAAUAGAGCUAUUGGACCCUCCGGAACCAUGGCUCUUUCUGAUGGUCAGAAGAAUAGAGGAGAAUUGAGGAUUCAUGAGAGUUUGGACGAGCUAAUGACCGAUUUGGCAGACUAUGUUGCUGAGUUAUCAGAGGCAUCAGUUAAAGAGCGAGGAGUCUUUGCCAUUGCUUUAUCUGGUGGUUCUCUCAUUGGCUUAAUGGGAAAACUCUGCGAAGCUCCGUAUAACAAGACCGUGGACUGGUCCAAGUGGUAUAUUUUCUGGGCUGAUGAGCGUGUUGUGGCAAAAAACCAUGCUGAUAGCAAUUAUAAGCUUGCUAAAGAUGGCCUUUUGUCCAAGGUUCCUAUUGUCCCCAGUCAUGUGCAUUCUAUUAACGAUUCUGUGUCAGCAGAAGAAGCUGCUGAAGAUUAUGAGUUUGUGAUUCGACAGUUCGUGAAAACACGUGUUGUCAGUGUCUCAGAGAUUAGUGACUGUCCAAAGUUUGAUCUCAUUCUGCUGGGAUUGGGUCCAGACGGCCACAUUGCCUCAUUGUUUCCCAACCACUCAGCACUGAAUGAAAGGGAAGAAUGGGUAACUUUCAUUACUGACUCUCCCAAACCCCCACCUGAGAGAAUCACAUUCACCAUGCCUGUCAUCAAUUCUGCAUCAAAUGUUGCAGUAGUUGUCACUGGUGACAGCAAAGCAGAAUCUGUGCACUUGGCAAUAGAUGAUCUUGGACCUGACUGCCCAUUAAUACCAGCCAGAAUGGUCCAACCAGCUAUGGGGAAGUUGGCGUGGUUUUUGGAUAAACUGGCUGCCUCAAAACUUGAAGAAUCCAAUUUAAACAAGUAGGAAUUGUUGUAAGUUUGUAUGUAGUGUUAAGGGAUUUGGCAGUUGUUGAUUAUCAUCAGAUCCUGUCUCUGCCUAUCUCUCUUCUCUUGGAUAGAAAUCUUUGCUUCUUUUUUUUUCUCCUUUUCUUGCUUUCUCUUGGGAGGUUUUUGAGGGAAGUGUGGUAUAGUUUUUGUAAGCGGCCAAUAAAAGUGGUGGAGAGCAUCAUUCCAUGUUCCAACACCCUUCUUUCCUUCUGAUUCCUCAUUUGGGUUAUUGGCUAUGAUGAUGGCCACUUGUUUGCAAUUUAGAAAGAAAAAUCGGGUUCAUGUAAUUCUAAGAGUUCACUUUCCCACACCCUCCCAGUUUCUUACUUAUCUAUUUCAAUUCAAUUUCAAUAUAUAUAAUAGUUUCUACUUUGA